UUCAAAUUAAAUAUUGAGUUAGAAAUGGAUAAAUCCUCCAUGUCAACAUGAACACCAGAUCAAUACUAGUUGACUAGUGACUAGUGACUAGUGUGUGACUAGAGCUAGAGGCAAUCAGGAUGCGUGCUUAUAUAGAACUACAACAUUUUCUGGGUUUCUUUACGUCUCCAUGAUCGCAGAAAAGAUUAAGAAUUGAUUAAUAAUUGUCAAAUUAUCAUAAAUUCAAUCAAAUAACUCAAAAAAAAAAUGUUGGGUAUCGCAAGAAAAAAUGCAUCAAGAACGAACCCAUCAUCUUGGAAUUCAUUUAUGCUGAAAUCAUCACCUUCAAUUCUUCAACCCAGAAGAGAAAUGUGUUUGGGUGUUCUUCCUGAUGGUGUUGAUAGAAGUUCCGACGCUUUUUCUGAGAAUUCUCAACUUAUGAAGGAUUUACUUUCUCAACUUCAAUCCAGCAUCAAAAAGGUGCUUGCUGGUGGAGGAGAAGAAUCAGUGAAGAGGAAUAGAAGUAGGAAGAAAUUGCUCCCUCGAGAGAGAAUUGAACAGAUUCUUGAUCCUGGUUCUUCUUUGCUUGAACUUUCUCAGCUUGCAGGCCAUGGACUAUAUGAAGAAUCCCUUCCAUCUGGUGGAAUAAUCACAGGAAUCGGACCUAUUCAUGGGAAACUUUGUAUGUUUGUGGCUAAUGAUCCCACUGUCAAGGGAGGAACUUAUUUUCCCAUUACGGUGAAGAAACACUUGAGGGCACAAGAAAUUGCCGCUCAAUGCAGACUACCGUGCUUGUACCUUGUUGAUAGUGGCGGUGCUUUCCUUCCUAAACAGGCCGAAGUGUUUCCCGACAAGGAGAAUUUCGGUAGAAUCUUUUACAAUCAAGCUAUAAUGUCUGCUCAAGGCAUACCUCAAAUUGCCCUUGUUUUGGGUUCAUGUACUGCUGGAGGUGCAUAUAUACCUGCAAUGGCUGAUGAAAGCGUAAUUGUAAAAGGAAAUGGAACGAUAUUUCUUGCUGGACCUCCACUUGUGAAGGCUGCUACCGGUGAGGAAAUUUCCGCUGAGGAUUUGGGAGGUGCUAGUGUGCAUUGUAAGAUAUCAGGAGUUUCUGAUUAUUUUGCUGAAGAUGAGCUGCAUGCACUACAUACAGGAAGGAGCAUCAUUAAGAACUUGUCUAUGGCAGGAGCACAUGAAUCACCCAGAACCUCUCUUUAUGUUUCAGGAGAACCUAAAGAACCUCUCUAUGACGUAAAAGAGCUCAGAAAUAUCGCCCCAAUAGAUCACAAGCAGCAAUUUGAUAUACGAUCUGUAAUUGCUCGUAUUGUUGAUGGAAGUGAAUUUGACGAAUUCAAGAAACUGUAUGGCACUACUCUCGUAACGGGUUUUGCAAAAAUUUUUGGGAAACCUGUUGGCAUCAUCGGAAACAAUGGCGUAUUAUUUAAUGAAUCUGCUCUAAAAGGGGCCCAUUUUAUCGAAUUAUGCACACAGCGUGGCAUUCCUUUGGUUUUUCUACAGAACAUUACUGGAUUCAUGGUUGGGUCAAGAGCCGAGGCAAAUGGCAUAGCAAAAGCUGGGGCCAAAAUGGUGAUGGCUGUUGCUUGUGCAAAGGUUCCUAAAAUCACUGUUAUAAUCGGUGGGAGUUUUGGUGCCGGAAAUUAUGCAAUGUGUGGACGUGCAUAUAGUCCCAAUUUUAUGUUCUUCUGGCCGAAUGCAAGAAUAUCCAUUAUGGGAGGAGCACAGGCUGCAGGUGUACUGACCCAAGUGGAAAGGGCCAACAAGAAACGCCGUGGGAUCCAGUGGACUGCUGAAGAAGAGGAAACAUUCAAAGCCAAGGUUGAAGAGGCAUAUGAGAAAGAAGGGUCUCCAUAUUAUUCUACGGCCAGGCUUUGGGACGAUGGCAUCAUUGAUCCUGCCGAUACAAGAAAAGUAAUUGGUCUUUGCAUCUCCGCUUCAAUGAAUUGUGUUCCGGAAGAGACAAAAUACGGCGUGUUCAGAAUGUAACGACAUUGAUGAGAUGCUAACAGCGAUGCAUUGUAUAGGAGUAAAUAUGUUUGUAAAUGCAAGGCGAAACAACUAUGAUGUUAUCAUAUUAUGCCAACAUUCUAGUGUGGUCGGUCUCGAGAAUCGAGUCUUAUUUUAGUUGGAAAAAUACUACUUUCCUCAGUUAAGGUCUUGGGUUCGAUUCUCGGUGCCAGCUCUCCUAAUCCUCAGCCUACCAUGUACUUAAAAAAAUGAAAAAAAGUGAUUGUAUUCAGCUGAUUGUUUCAACAUAUGAAGCAAAGUAGCUAGACUAUUUGAUGCUUCAAAGUGUGAACAUGGUGCAUUCAAAAUUACUAUAUUGCUCUUAACAAGUCACUAAUACUUGGUAUUAGUUUGGCUAUUGCAGUC